AUCAGUCCAGCAGUACAAACUCCUCCUGUGUGUCACACGCUCAGAUUAUUAGACUCUUUUCCAGCUACAGCUCAGUGUUUUUAAUGUCUCCAGUGGUUCUGUGAAGUAUGGAGUACGCUAAAACAUUAGUUCCUACAUCUUUAAUUAGGUCUGUGUCGUCGAUGCACACGUCUCUUGCACAGCGAAUGCUGCCUCCUCCUCAGCCCCGUCCGUACAAGGUCUGUACGCAGAACCGCCGCAGGAGGAAAGGCUUCACGGCCACCUCUCUAGGAGACCUCAUGGAGCAGGUGGCCAGUUCUUUCUUGAUAACGUGUCAGUUGCUCACACUGGUGCUGGAGGAUGAUGGGACAGUGGUGGACUCUGAGGCCUUUUUUCAGUCUCUGCCUACUAAUACUCCAUUCAUGAUCCUGGAGAAAGGGGAGGUUUGGACCCCUAGCAAAGUGGUUCUGCCAAGUUUCAGACAGCCGAGAAGAAGUGGAAUUGCCAAACUCAGCUUUGAUCUGUACAAGCUGAGCCCAAAGGAUUUUCUGGGCUGCCUCACCGUUAAAGCCACACUUUAUGAAAUAUACACACUCUCAUAUGACAUCAAGUGUACCAGAGCCAAGUACUUUCUGAAGUCUUUACUGCGAUGUUUCAUGUACAUGGCCAAACUGACGGGUCAGGUUCUCCUGUGCGGCUCUGCAUAUGUGCUACGGUAUAUCGGGGAAGAGGAAUGCUGUAGCUAAACGUCACAUCAGAUAGUGGAAACAAAUGAAUACUGCCCUUAUGUUUAGUUUUUCCUUACAUGCUUAGACAAACAUAAGUAUUUUUGUGGUUAGUGUAUAUAUUGUUUUACAUGGCAGAACUGCUUAUUUCUAAGAAAAUAACAUUAAAUGUUUGUGAAUGUGUACUGUGAAUAAAAAAAUAAAAAAAAAUAGUGAACUAAUGGACAA